AUGUACACGACAACGAAAUAUGAAGACUGCGUACAAUUGCACUCACAACCAGACAUUGGAGAGCGAUUUUUACCUGUAUUAAAUCCACUGGAUGCAAUUUGCGAUGUUAAACGCAAUGACGCGGUAUGUGUCAGCAAUUUAAAAUCGGCAAAGGCAAUUUCCAAAGACAUCCUGCAGGAACGUCCAGAUGUAAAAAUAUUCCUGCCAUUUAGAUUCCAUUUCUAUAAGCCGAAAGAACUUUUUAAGGAGAACACAUACAGGAACUAUUUAGUUGCUCCGGGCGGUGACCACGUUCUAAGUUUAGUGGAUGAAAUAUCGUACCGGGCAGCUCCUGCGCCACCGCUUUCACAGAUGCACGAACUGUCUCCAGAGCUUUUCUGCAAUGGCGACAAUCGACCAGAGAACUGUGCAGUGGACUGCAGAUGUACUCAUAUGAUUGAUGUACCUCUCAACUCUAUUGUAGAAAUAGUGUUGGUGGAUGAAGUUCAAUCGCCGAAUCUAUCUCACCCGUUCCAUCUCCACGGGACGUCUUACUCUGUCAUUGGCAUGGGAAGGUCACCAGACAAGAACAUCAAGAAAAUCAACCUCAAGCAUGCGUUAGAUCUUGACAGGAAGGGACUAUUGCACAGGCAGUAUGAUCUACCGCCUUUGAAAGACACUCUGGCUGUACCAAACAACGGAUAUGUCGUUUUACGAUUGAAGGCGGAUAACCCAGGAUAUUGGCUGUUCCACUGUCACUUUAUAUAUCACAUAGUCAUAGGAAUGAAUCUAAUAUUACACAUCGGGACGCAGUCAGAUCUCCCGCCAGUACCACCAAACUUUCCUCGAUGCGGCCAUCAUUUACCGACUAUAACACCACCAAACUAUCCUAUACACUAA